AUGAACCCCAACAGGGAUCUGAAGCCAGGAGAAAUAGGAUGGAGAAAUGGACAACAUAUGCAGAAUGCAUCUAAUUUGACUCCUCUCCCCAGUAUAGGACGUCAUGCUUGGUCUCCUCCUCCAGUUUCCCCACCGUCUGCGUACCCGCAGCCGAUGAAACCCAAUCCUCCCUCUGCGUACCCGCAGCCGAUGAAUCCCAACCCACCCGCUGCGCAGAGUAACUUCCAGCCGAUGAAUCCCAACCCCCUCGCUGUGCAGAGUAACUUCCAGCCGAUGAAUCCCAACCCCCCCUUUGCGGACAGUCAACCGAUGGCGAUGAGUGAACAGGAAAUGACUGAUGUGCUUACGCAGAUGCUAAACACCCAGCACCACCUCAUCAUGGUACAGGAACAAAAGGUACUUCAGUGGCAAAUGCGUAUCAUGAGAGCUCAGAUUGAGCAGAUCAUAAUGAACAAUUUGCGUAGGCUGAAUGACCCAGACAACCAAGGAUGA